AUGCGGCAUUUCUAUUCAUUUGCAGCUAUAACCGCACAAUUAAUCGACAUCGGCGUCGCUCAGAGUUCUUGCACGGCUAGGCUAAACCCAUCUUCUACCCCCGUUGCAGCCGAUGGCUAUAAUGUGAAUGUGGUGGCACAGGGUCUUCUACGGCCGAGGUCGCUCCAGUUCGACUCACAGGGUAACCUUCUCGUCGUCCAAUCCUCCGCCGGAAUUUUCAACUUUCGCUUGAGAGAUAAUGGCGGCACCUGCUUGGAGGUUGAAGACGAAAUCGAUCUCAUAGACCAUCCGGUCAAAUCCCGCUUGAAUCAUGGGAUAGCUCUGUCUCCGGAUGGAAAGAAACUGUAUGCGUCGGACCGUGGCACGGUCUAUGCUUGGGAUUAUGACGCGGAGGCCAGGAGAGUCACCUCAAGAAAUCCAGAAGUGGUGGUAACAGGAUUGGAGAACCCAGGUCAUUCAACACGUACACUGCAUUAUUCCCCCGGCUCGGGUGGAUAUCUUGUGGUUGUUAGAGGCAGCGCAGGCAACAUUGACCUUGACUGCGGGGAUAUUUCCACAGGCCAUUGCCAGAUGAAGGCUUUUCAAAUGGGAGAAAUUCCUCAAGGUGGCUAUAAUUUCACAAGAGAUGGAAUCCGACUUGGCUGGGGAAUGAGAAACUCCGUUGGUAUUGCUGAACAUCCAGGGACAAACGGUAUCUGGACGGUUGAAAACACCAUCGAUAAUAUAGAACGUCACGGGAUUGAUAUCCAUCAAGACAACCCGGGAGAGGAAUUAAAUUUCCAUGGAAGUAUUAAUUCAACUACCGGGCUCAACUAUGGCUAUCCAUACUGCAGUGCUGCCUGGGAUGUCGACGCUAUCCCGAACAACACCGACAUUCAAGUUGGAACCGAAUUCGCACUCGACGUUGAAAGCGAUAUGAAAACAGACGAUUUUUGUGCUAGAGUAGAGGCACCGAGACUAACAUUUGCUCCUCAUACAGCUCCGUUGGAUAUCAAAUUCAAUGGAACUGAUGAGGCUUUCGUUUCCUUUCAUGGCAGCUGGAAUCGCGAUGUACCAAUUGGCUAUAGGAUAACGAGGAUUCCUUUCCAAGACGGCGAGCCCAUGGCUCUCAGAACGGAUACGGAGGCUGCCAUCAAUGUAGUCACCAAUUCCGAUACCAGAAAAUGUCCAGAUGGUUGUUUCAGGCCAGUUGGGAUGGCAUUUGACGAAACAGGACGGCUCUUUUUCGUUUCUGACUCGACAGGAGAGAUCUAUGUAGUGGCAAAACAGCAAAGUACAUCACCUCCAAGGGAAGACAAAGCUACCUCUGUGGAGGUCAGCAUUUUGAGCGUGGCUUCCAUUGCUCUAAUGCUAUGGUACGCGAUGGGUGACUAGCGUCGCCAUCUUGCGUGUGAGACAUGGCUGGCUGGCUGGCUGACUGACUGUUUGCUACAUAUGCCCGCUGACGACAACAAGGAAUCAUAUUUAAUGAGAUGAAUGAUGAAACGGAGGAAAUUUAAACCUUCCUGGAUGAAAUUCGGAUUUUCAUAUAUAGCCAAGGGGGUAAACAUGCAGAUGAAACGAUGUUCGAAUGAGAUUGAGACUUGGAUGCC